AUGGCACCAAAUACAAAAGAUGGCAAGGCCAAGUCCAAAAAGACUAUCCAAGCGACCAAGAAGAUGAAGCCAGCCGCAGCCAAGAAAACCACCACCAAGAAAUCCGCUGCCCCAAAAAGCGCUGCCGUUGCCAAGAAAAACAACAGGAAGAUGAAGGCAGCUGCAGACCCAAAUGCUCCCAAGAAACCACUCUCAGGAUUCAUGAAGUUCAGUCAAGAACAUCGUGCCAUCGUCAAAGGGGCAAACCCUGACCUUUCCUUUGGGGGAAUCGGAAAGAAGCUUGGAGACAUGUGGCGAACACUUUCUGGAGAUGAAAAGGCAGCUUACAAGCCCGUCAAAAGUGUUGUAGAUAUGCCCAUUGCAGCUGUCGAGCCCGUUGCCCCUGCCAUUGUGGCUUAG